UCAGAGCGGGAACUCCCACUGGGGAUUAUGGGAACUUUCUGGAAGCCCUACUAAGUUAAAUAAAUACCAAAGAGCUUUACAAUUAACACUUUCUGAACUGGGAGAACUGGAAACUCCUUAAUAACAGUCGUCGACGUCCAAACCUCAUUAAAAUGUUCUUUGUAGUUGCGUAAGAGGGAGAGGUGCUGCUCUGAAACUAAGUGUGUUCAGCCUAACUCACGGUAUAAUGAAGGGUGUUCUUUCAUUCUAAUCAUAGACUUUACAAAACAUAGGGGCGUAGUGUGUGUGACAUCACGUGUGGGUUUGCACAAAACCGUUACAACGAUUUGUGCAACAGCAGAAACUAUCCAUAUUUGGCAUGUGGAGGGCGGGAAUUGUAUGGCUGCCCUCGUACAAAACUCAUUCAUAUUAAAUCCUCAAGUACUCUUCAAUGAAAUGAAACGGUCAAACGGGAUUUAAAAUGAACAACAGGGAGAUGAACCAGUCACUAAGCCAUCCUAAUCGAACGAAGAAAAAGGUGAUCAAUUUUCCCAAUGAUUUAGAUUUCUUUUUUUUAAUUUCCAACCACCACAAGCCAACUAUAGGCCCUUAGAUGAACUACAUGUUAGUUGCUUCCGCAUGGGCUUAACAAACAGGCAUGGCGGCCGCUUGAUUCUAAUAGGGGAACAGUUCUGGCAUAUCUUGCCACAUAUGACGCAAUCCCGCCGCAGAUCAUUGUCUUGCAUAAGGGCACUUUGGCAGACCAAAUGGCAAAUGCAGGGAUCAAAAACCUGUUUUAUUAACAUUAAUUCCCUUCUGUUGAGUCACUCCUCCACCCUUAUUCUCCACGUCUUAGCUGGCUAAAGGUUGAAUUAUACCUCUGAGGUGGGGUAUGCUGUGGGUCUCUACGACAGGGCUUUACUUGAAAUCACGGUUCUGAGUUCCAACAUGUUAAAUCCUUUUGGAGCGGUGCAUGUGAGCUACGGUAGUGGAGACUUUGCCGCAGUCACGUCGAGAGAUGGGUUAGGGAAAGGUAUUUUAAGGAUAUUUGCUUUGUAAUUAAACGGAAGGCAUACAGGAACUGCUAGUGGUUGAGGGUUUGUAUAUUUGUUUGUGUAUGCAUGCAUAUUUAUGUUUAUGCAAGUAUAUUUGGGUGUGAGUGGAUGUAUGUUUAUGUAUUUGUUUAUAUGUUUGUUGGGUGGAUAUGUAUGGUUGUCCAUGUGUGUGUGUGUGUGUGUGUGUGUGUGUGUGUGUGUGUGUGUGUGUGUGUGUGUGUGUGUGUGUGUGUGUGUGUGUGUGUGUGUGUGUGUGUGUGUGUGUGUGCGCCGUGUGUGUGUGUGUGUGAUGUGGUGGUUAAACACACAGAGUUAAUCACACACGCAAGCACUCACACACACACACACACACCUCCUGACAUUCCGGUCAUUCCCCCUGCCUGCUGCAGCAGGAUCGGGCUGAACAGGCAGGCCCACUGAAACCACUUCCUGUAUAGCUAAAUGGAAACAGCCGUAGAUGCGGUCUCCUUACUGUGCUGAUGAGAUUAUGCUGAGCGAGUAUGUAGGUUAAUGUUACAUAUUUGAAACAUGCUAGCUUGUUUCAUCAUGUUAGAAAAGGGAAGCAACAGGCUAUCUUUGUAGUCUUAUUCUCUAGUUAGAAGAUUAUUAUGGAAAUGAAAACUGCAAUAUUUAUUUGAGGAUAUGGUUCAUGGGCUGAUAUUGUAUUUUUUUCUGGAGGAAAUAGAUGAACAGAGGAACCAAACAAGGUCAAAAGGUUUUCAACGAUUACCCGGGAUUCAAUGGAGCUUAAUUACAAAGUUUUGAUUGUAAUCUAAAUUUGUCAUGAAAAAUUACACAUUUCUUGAUUUUGUUUUCUGUCCAGGAACAUUUCUUUUGUGCAUCCAACAUAUUCAGUUUCUAAGGUUCAGUCAUCAUGACUAAGCCAUUCCAUGUCUUAUCCACUAUGACAAUGUUGUCACUGCAGUGCAGAGUGAGGGACAGCAUUAUUUACCCAUGUGAUUGUGAGCAGUGCACGCCCUUCGUCAUGGAAACCUUUCGCUCUCCAACUCAAUCCGCGAUCGAUGAAAUUAUGCACGGCGUGUGUUAUGGAUAUGGUUUGAGCUCUCAAUUCUCACUCCUUUUACAAAUAGAGGUAAAGUAGUCUGUCUGCCUAUUGUGACCCAACCUGGAUGACGCAUUUGGAGUUUGGCUUUUAACUUUGAAUAAUGAUAUUAAAGCAGCAAUACUGCAAGUGUGUUCAUGUGGAGAACCAGGAGCAGUACAUACAGUUUCUGGAGAAGUUUGGGGAAAACUGCGUGGUCAGGGAUGACGCAGAGGUGGGCUCCACCUUCCUCAAGUUCGCGGGCUUUACCAAGGAGCUCACGUCUCUCUUUAAGAACCUGUUACAAAACAUGACCAACAUCAUCAACUUCCCCCUGGACAGUUUGUUGAAGGGAGACCUGAAAGGCGUUAAAGGGGAUCUGAAGAAGCCUUUCGACAAAGCCUGGAAAGAUUACGAGACUAAAUUAACUAAGAUAGAGAAGGAGAAGAAAGAGCACGCCAAGCAGCACGGGAUGAUCCGCACCGAGUUCAGCGGUGGAGAGAUAGCGGAGGAGAUGGAGAAGGAGCGACGCAUCUUCCAGCUGCAGAUGUGUGAGUAUCUGCUCAAGGUGAACGAGAUCAAAGUGAAGAAGGGGGCCGAUUUCCUACAGACCCUUAUCAAGUAUUUCCACGCCCAGUGCAAUUUCUUCCAGGACGGACUGAAGGCUGUGGAGUCCAUGAAACCGGCUGUAGAGAAGCUAGUUACCGACCUGAGCACAAUCAAGCAGAGUCAAGAUGGAGAGCGAAAGCAGCUGGCCCAGCUCCGAGACGUGCUGAAGAACUCGCUUCAGUCCGACCAGAAGGAGGAGGGCCAGGGUAAACAGAAUGCAGGGUAUAGUCUUCACCAGCUGCAGGGCAACAAGGCCUAUGGGACAGAGCACUCAGGUUUUCUGUACAAGAAGAGUGAGGGACUGAGGAAGGUGUGGCAGAAGAGGAAAUGUUCAGUGAAUAAUGGUUAUCUCACCAUUAGCCAUGGCACGCCAAUCUGCGAAUCAGGAAAGAGGAAGAGAAAGAGCAGGAGAAGAAGGAGCAUGAGGAAAAAGAUGGCUGAGAAAUGGCCUAACGCCACCCCGGCCAAACUCAACCUCCUCACCUGCCAGGUCAAGAGAAACCCAGAGGAGAAGAAGAGCUUCGACCUGUUCUCACAUGACAGGACCUACCACUUCCAGACGGAGGAAGAGGCUGAUUGUCAGAUAUGGAUCUCGGUGCUGCAGAACAGCAAGGAGGAGGCCCUGAACAAGGCCUUCAAGGGGGUCCAGGACGAGGGCGGCGAGAACAACAUCGUGCAGGAGCUGACCAAGGCCAUCGUGGUGGAGGUGAAGAGGAUGAGCGGGAACGACUGCUGCUGCGACUGCGGAGCGCCCAGCCCCACCUGGCUCUCCACCAACCUGGGAGUCCUGAUCUGCAUCGAGUGCUCGGGGAUCCACCGGGAGAUGGGGGUCCACUACUCCAGGAUCCAGUCCCUGGACCUGGACCUCCUGGGAACCUCAGAGCUCUUGCUGGCGAAGAAUGUGGGCAACGCAAACUUCAACGACAUCAUGGAGACGGAGCUGUCAGCGCUGGACGUGACCAAGCCCAACCCCUCCAGCGACAUGCAGACCAGGAAGGACUACAUCACGGCCAAGUACACCGAGCACCGCUUCGUCCACAGGAGGUCUGCGGACGCGGCGGGCCGGCUGCAGGCGCUGUCGGAGGCGGUGCGGACCCAGAACAUCCUGUCCCUCCUGGAGGUCUACGCCGAGGGCGUGGAGCUCAGCGACAUCAUCCCACAGGCCAACGAACACGAGCCAGGAGAGACGGCCCUCCACCUCGCGGUCCGGAUGGUGGACAGGAACUCGCUCCACAUCGUUGACUUCCUGGCACAGAACUGUUCUAACCUGGAUAAGCAGACAGCCAAAGGGAGCACAGCUCUCCACUACUGCUGUCUGACUGACAACAGUGAAUGUCUCAAGCUGCUGCUGAGAGGGAAAGCUUCGGCCAGCAUCACCAAUGAGGCGGGGGAGACGGCGCUGGACAUCGCCCAGCGGUUGGGCCACAGUGGGUGUGAGGAGCUGCUGUCUCAGGCCCAGACGGGGAAGUUCAAUGUCCACGUGCAUGUGGAGUAUGAAUGGCGGCUCCAGAAUCAGGACCUAGAUGAGAGCGACGACGAGAUGGAGGACAAGCCCAUCCCCCAGAAGAGGGAGGAGCGCCCGGUCAGCUGCUUCCUCCCCGGCCUCCACCCCUCCUCCUCCUCCUUCCCCCUGAAGCCCGCCCUGGGCAUCCUGGCCCGGGACGUGGCCCUGAUGGCGCGGGACAAGCAGCGCGCCAACGUGGCCAGCAUGAUGAUCUCCAACGAGACCUACGGCACCACGCUGGACCUCAACGCCCUGGGCUACGGACACAACGCCCCCCCCCCGCCGCCCGCCAGGGGGCCGGCCAAAGGUGUGGGAGGCAACAAGCUCGUCUCCGUGGAGACAGCGGGGAGGCAGCGGUCCUCCUCGGACCCGCCCUUGGUCCACCCCCAGGACAGGAGCAGUAUGGUGUAUGAGCCCCCUCCUCCCCCUCUCACAGGGACCAGGAGGACCAGCAUCGAAGUCAAGUCCAUCAGGAACACCCCCCUGCCUCCCCUUCCUACCCUCCCUCCCCUCCCUCCCCACCCGCCGCCCCCUCCCCCCCACAGACCCGGCAUCCGGCCCCCACCCGUACCCGGCCACCAGACUACCAGCGGCCGGUCCCAGACAGAGCCCGCCUCCCCCAAGGCCCUCACCAGAAAGACUGUUCUCCCCCCACGUAGACCCCCGCUCAGGGCUGGGUCCAUAGCCAGAGAAGGCCAGCCCAUGUCCCCUCAGGGUUCGAAUCCACCGGCACCCAAACCCCGGAGCACCCCCCCUAAACAGAAGCAGAAGAGGGUGAAGGCUAUCUACAACUGCGUGGCCGACAACCCAGACGAGCUGACCUUCGAUGAGGGAGAGGUUAUUGUCGUAGAACGGGAGGAGGACGCCGAGUGGUGGGUUGGACACAUCGAAGCAGAUCCAGGCCGUCAAGGGGUGUUUCCACUGACGUUCGUCCACUUCAUCACAGACUAAUCCACUCCACCACGUGCUCAAUGGGACCUUCCUUUUUUUUAACCCACCAUGUUGUAUAUUUUCUUGUUAGCACAUUGUUAUUUUGUUGUUUUGUUUUUUUCAAUAAAAGCCAUGUGUAAAGCUUUACUCUUGAUGGUAGAUGUUUCCGAAGAUGUUCAUACCAAGUCGUCUCCUACAUUUCUUUGCAUUAUCUGUUUAACUGUAACAAUGUUAAUGCUGUACAGAGGGUACGACAAAAGCCACCUUCAUGGGUGAGAGAAACGUCAUGUUUUGGAUGUUAUUCCUGCAAAAAUAAAUAAACCAAAAUCAAAACAGCAUAACA